GGACGACCAAAGGGGCUGACCCUGGCCACGUGACAGAUACGCUGUCCGCCGCCGCUGCUGCCGCCGCUGCUGCUGUAGUGGUGUGUGUGUUACUGUUUGCAUGUGUGUCUGCUGCCUCUCACACAGUGUGGCUGUGGUCGGCCUGAGCAGACAGCAGAGCUUGACGUCUGGAGAGAGCAAAACAGACACAGGUAACGUUAGCUUAGUCCGGGCAUGAAAGAUGGAGCUGUCGGCGGUGGGAGAUCGCGUUUUCGCCGCGGAAGCCAUACUGAAACGCCGCGUCCGUAAGGGAAGACUUGAAUACCUGGUAAAAUGGAAAGGAUGGGCAAUGAAGCACAGCACUUGGGAGCCAGAGGAGAAUAUCCUGGAUGACAGGCUGAUACUGGGCUUUGAGCGAAAGGAACGGGAAAGGGAAAUGCAUGGGCCGAAGAAACGGGGACCAAAACCCAAAAACUUUGUCUUGAAGGCUCUUGCUCAGAAAGGAGGGCCCAGCAGCCGGGGCUCAAAUGCCCGUCAAACUAUAUCUCGCUCCUCUUCGUCCACUUCCAGACGAGCAACUCCUUCCUCCUCAGCCUCACCUCAUUUAGCAUCUUCGUCCUCCUCCUCCUCCUCCUCCUCCUCUUCCACUGUGGCACCCACUCCCAAACUCAAUUCCCUUGCAGCCACCCACAAGCUGAAGAAAGACAUUCACCGUUGCCACCGGAUGUCCAGGCGCCCCCUGCCCCGCUCAGACCCCAUGGCAGCCUCCUUCUCCAACCCUGGUGGCUUCCCCUCCCGCGUGCACGUCUCCCCCUUCUCUGAGACCGUCCGCAUCCUCAACCGUAGAGUCAAACCCCGGGAGGUCAAGAGAGGUCGCAUCAUCCUCAACUUGAAGGUCAUUGACAAGCCAGGUAGGGGUGGCACAGCUGCAGGCAGCCGGAAUAUCACAACAGGACGCCAAAAUAUCCCCUCCCGCAAUCGCAUCAUCGGGAAGAAGGGAGAGGCACCCUAUAGACCUUUCCAGCCCCCUCUGAAGAUGCUCGGUUUCCCGAUGUAUGGGAAGCCAUUUGGGCUGCAGUGUGGAGGCCCUUUGUCCUUUCACUCCCACCCAGGCUCCAGCACAGGGGCCAGGGACACCCACUCUACUUCCUCCCAGUACCAGUCACCUCCUUCUCCGUCUAGCUCCAGCAGCUCUGAAGGAAAAUCUAGCACCUCAGCUGCUCAGCCCCAGCCUGCCACAGGAGCCUCACCUUCCAGCGAGGGUCCCAAGUCCAGUAAACCUCACACAGAGACCCAGAAGGGCCAGAGUGCCAAGCUAGCUGCUCCUGCCCCGUCCUCAGAUGCAAACUCCACUGCGUCAGCAUCACAAUUCCUCCCUGCCUCACCAUCAUCUUCCUUGGAAGACGAGGAGGAGGACAGCACCCUUGAUCGUUUGGCGACCCCAGAGGGAGGCAGGAAAAGUCCUCGCCAGUGCAGGGCUAAACGCCAGCCGUCCACGACCCCUGCCUCCGUCACCCCUGGGGACCAGAGCUCUGCCCCUGCCGAACCCCAAAGGGUGCCUGCAGAGGGAGACCCCGACUGGCACCCUGAAAUGGCACCGAGCUGUAAGGAUGUGGUGGUCACCGACGUCACCACCAACCUCGUCACUGUCACCAUAAAAGAGUUCCCCUCUCCUGCCUCCUGCCCUGCCUCACCCUCCGCUAGCCCUGAAAAUGCCUCCUCCCCUCCCCCUUGCACCACCAUUGACGACCCCUCCCCACCCAAGCCACAACACCGAGACGGAGAGGAAGCAUCUCUGGUCCAGACAGCGCGGUGCCAUCAAUAUUACACACAGUGGAAAACCAAGGAGGCAAGAAGAAAACAGCAGCAGCGCCCCUGGCAAACAUCUCCUCUCCUAAUCAUGAAGUUCGUGGUGGUGCUGGUGGGAGCUGGCACCCUGGCCUUCCUCGGCGCGGUCAUCUGCAUCAUAGCCAGUGUUUAUCCCCGGAAACGCGCCGCGCCUCUCAGCGACAACGGCACCCUGGCGUCGGAGAAUCUGCUGGAGCCCCUGGAGCCCGGGUCGGUGGCACACGCCGGACCGCUGGGCGCUCUGCACGGCGCCGAGUCCUACGAUGGGGAGAACGGGCUGGGCGGCAUCGGCCUGGAGGUCCCCACUCUGAACGAGCUCAACCUCGGGGAGGAAACCGCCGGUGGGUCCGCUAAACAGUUCAGCUUCAGCCGGUUGAUCUGCACACCUGUACCGGUCGGGGAAUGCAAAACGAAAGACCUGAGGCAGCGGCGGGGGGAGCAGCAGCAGCAGCAGCAGCAACAGCAGGCGGACGACCCGCUGUACGGAGCCGGGGAUGAAGACUGGACUUAUCUCCGGACCACCGCGGAGGAGCUCCGUCAGAUGGUCCUGCAGCAGAACGACCAGAUCCUCAUGGACCAGAGGACCAUCCGGGAGCUCACAGGGAAGCUGAGCGAGUGUGAGAGCGGCCUGGAGGAUGAGAGGAACGUCCCAGAGCGGAGCAUCGGGGUCUGGAGCGGCAACCGCCGCAUCAUGGCCGGGGACGAUGUGAGCUCCUCCGCCGCGGCGCAGCUGCAGACGGCGCGGGCUGUGGAGGAGCUGGCCAGGGCCAUCAUGGACCUGAAGGACCGCAUUGAGAAACUCGAGGCGGAGAUAGGCCCCGCUGCCUUGAACCUCACCGACACAUCCGUGGGUACCAGUGGCAGCAGCAGUAACAGUGGCAGUGCCAGCAGCCCGGCUGGUAACACAGGCAAAGCUCCUGCCCCGCCCACCGGUAGUGCCUCCUCCCCACCUGCAGCGGCUCCUCCAGGGGGUCGCCGUCCUGCCUCCCCCGCUUCCCCUGCCCCCAAAUCCCCAACCAAGGGCUCCCCCGGUCGUGGAAAGGGCACCUGGAGGGUGGAGGACCUGGAGGGGGAGCUGGAGCGAAAGAUCAAGCUGUUGGAGAAGGAGCGUCAGGCCAUGAGGAAGGAGACGCAGGGCCAACAUGAGAAGAUCAACCAAGGCAUCGACAAUGCCAACCACCGCGUCACUGAGCUGGAACACACGCUGACGGAGCCGUCGUUCCCCGAUGGCUUUGUCCUCUCCUUCCCCAUGAGAACCAACUACAUGUACGGCCUGGUGAGAAAAGAGAUAACAGAGAUGUACGCUUUCACUGCUUGCGUGUGGCUGAAGGCCAAAGAAGGAGGCAUCGGGACCCCCUUCUCUUACUCUGUCCCGGGGCAGCCCAAUGAGCUGGUGCUGCUACAGGGAGUCCACAACCCUGUGGAGCUGCUCAUCAAUGAUAAGGUGGCGCAGCUGCCCCUGUCCCUACCACAAGACGAGUGGCAGCACAUCUGUGUCAGCUGGACCCUGAGGGACGGGGUGUGGAAGGCCUACCAGGGGGGGAAGAUGAAGGGGAGGGGAGAGGGACUGGCUGCCUGGCAUCCCAUCAAACCAGGAGGGGUCCUCAUACUGGGACAGGAGCAGGAUACACUGGGCGGGCAUUUUGAUGCCUCCCAGGCCCUGGUCGGGGAGCUUUCCCAGUUCAACCUGUGGGAUCGGGUGUUGAAGCCAGCAGAGGUCGCCGCCGUGGCCGAGUGCAGCUCCUCAGCGCUGGGCAACAUCGCCCCCUGGACCGACCACGACGUAGAUGUGUACGGUGGAGCCACCAAGGAGUCUUUGGACCCGUGCCACGCUGCCCAGAGAACCAACCCGUCCAGCCCCAAACAGUGAGGGGUGACUGGGAGAGGUCAGCCAAAGGUGGCUGUGGUGUUUGAUAGGUCAGUUUAGGAGACGAUGAUGUAUAUCAAUGUAUCACAUCGGGAUUUACAGUAUAUUUGACGGGGAUGGGAGGCUUACUGGUGGACUGAAAUGUGCCAUGGAGGGAUUAAGCUGUUAAGACCGGUGUAUCUGUUUUGUUUUUAGUGUUGGUGUCCACGCUCAUGUGUUUACUUCUGCAGUGAGAUACAGUGAGUUUAGUCACAGAAUCACCUUAGUGAAGGCUUCAUAGGUGGGUCAACUUCUGGCAUGAACAGGACUCUGAUGGAAGUAUUCCAUAAUAGAUUGAUUUUUGGCGAAAUGUGCCACCCUCUCUUUUGUGCCAGUUAACCGUGUGUGGUUAUUCAGGCAGAGGGCUUGAAAACAGUUAUGGAAUGAACCUUUACUGAUGCCAUAUCUAAGGGUUUCUUAAUUUUACAAUGCAGUGACACAAAGUUCUCGUCUUGUGUCCAGUUGGUUGUGUUUAAUGCUCAAACUGAAUUCUGAGAUGCUAUCAUAUUGAUUUAAACACUCAAUGGGAAACAAAAUGAGUUUUGUUGAUUUUUAACUGUAUAUGAUCCUGUUGAGUAACGUCUGUGUACUGUUAAGUUUUCUACAUUGCAUACCAUGAUCUGGUAAAACAGUGGUCUUAUAAAUGUAUAUUGUGUAAUGUAUCUCUGCUAAUGUUGCUCUGUGCCAGUCUGCUCCUCUCCUGCUGUAGCCUCUCACACACCUCACAGCCCUGCAAAGUUAAGUUGCAGCAUUUUUGUUUGCAGCUCAGACAAAGCAGCGCUCUCGAUCGACCCCUGAAAGAAACACUUGAUGUCUAUCCAAGCACCAAUCAGACACUGAAAUUGUGACGAACCUGAGCGGGUUUGGUAAAACUGUGUUGUAUUCCUGAAUGUAAAACAGGUGGAAUGUCAGUGUAUUUGCAUGAGUGAAGUCACAUUUCCUCUCACUAAAGAAACAAACUCAAAAAGUGUAAAUUACAGUGUUGGUGUCCUCACGCUGCCCCACACUCUGAAACACACAGAUGUCUUUUUGGUAAAUCAGAUCCUCACAGAAUACCUGACAGUGACGGAGGUGUAUGAAUUAGAUUAUUCCUAUGUUGGCCAUUUUGCAUUCAACAUCUGACUUGGAGGAUCAGAACAAAAAAAUAGGUACUUUCACUUACUUUGCAAACGAUCGAAAAAACAAACAAGAAAAUAUGAGCAAAUUUUAGGAUGCAUUUAUUUGUUUUCAAGCCUGAUGCAUUUUUUUCUGUCGUGACAGUCCAUGUUAUGAUCAUUUAUGUGGCCAAAACUACCACUUUUGACUGAAAAUUUCUUUUACUACAAAAUAUUACAUUUACCAAGCCCCCAGGGACAGGGACUUGAAACCUAUUACACAUAGUGGCCAAACAUGGAAUUACAACUUCCACGCCCAUCACAUGAUGCCAUUGGGUGCAAAAGGCUUUUUCCCCACAAUCUAAUACUGCUGAAUCCAGUUCCAUGUAGGGCUGCACCCAACUAACUAUUUUCCUGGUCAACCAAUAGUCAUCAUUUAGGGUCAUUAGUCGACUAGUCGUCCGCAUCUUUACGAUAUUGAUUUAAAUAUUAAAUGAUAUAUUCUGGUGGUUUGAGUUGAAGGUGUGAGAAAGAAUAGUAUCAGUAACA